GAAGUGCUGAGAUGGAUGCCAGGACUUGUGAAAGUGAUGGCAUCCCUGCAACAACAGCCGUGUCACCAUGCCAGCCUCAAACUUCAACUCCCUUAUCUUCUGACAAGACAAUAAAAAUGCCAGACCCACCAGAGUAUGUUGUGUACACUGAUUCAGAGCUGGAAAUGGUGCGCAGCCAAUACUUUGCAUUACUCCGCAAUGGAAAGGAAAAGGAUUGCAUCAAUCCAAAGGAGCUGUGCUGCAGGCUUGUGAGAAACACAAUUACCAGUAUGGUUGCAAUUCUACGGGCAAGUUCUAUGGGAAAAGAAGUCAAAUACCCCUCCAGACUUGAAAUGAGAGCAAUGUCUCAGAAGAUGGUUGACUAUUAUCCGAUGUUACGUGACACUGACCCAAACAUGCCAUAUGUAUUCUUUUCUAUUGCACACGUUAACAAAAAAACAACUUGGCACAUAUAUGUAAAAGUAAACGAAUAUUUUUUUUUUCAUCAGCUGACCAUUUACAUCAAAAUGUACAAGCGACUACAAAAUAUGAGGUCCCCAAGGAAGAGACAAGGCUCCAUGCCACAACGAGGGAGAGCCAAGAAGAGUCUCUUUAGUUCAGAAAGCACAAGCAGUGAGGCUGGUGGCGACACAAGUGGCACAAGUGAUUCUACCAUACUUCUUGAAGAUGAAACCUGUGAGGAAUCAAGCACAGCACAGGAUAGCACACCCAAAGUUGGCCAAAGAGCUGAGGGCCUGCCCUUUCAAUGCUCGCCACCUGAUUCCAAAACAAGAGCUGGCUCAACAUAUUGAGAUGUGUGAGAACCGGAGAAGCCCUGAAGAAUCUGAAGGGAAAGAUGAAGACUUUGCAUGGCGUGUUCCUGUCCUACCACGGGAAAAUCCUUGCAAGACGGAGGACUGGGACAUGGAGGCAGACGACCAUGUUGCUCCAUUUGUGUGGGGUGUGACACCCCAGAUGAAUAAUCAGCCAGUCAACAAUCUUCCUCAGGGUUUAAGAGCACCCAACGCCCUCCCCUGGGAGUCUUUCAAACAAUAACUCCUGUUGUUAAUGCAGACAUUUUAUUGUAAUGUGUUAUUUAAUCUUGAUUUUAACAAGUUUUAAUUGGACUACAUAUAUUAAAUUCAUCUAAGGCUAAAUACCGGCACGAGACCGAUAGUCGACAAGUACCUUAAGGGAAAGUUGAAAAGAACUUGAAAAGAUAGUUAGUUUCUGUCAUACUAACUGAUGAA